CAAACGCCAAACGCGGAUGUGAAUCAAUAAAUCCAGAAGAUCCGGGUCUGAUGAGGAAAAUCCGUGAUCUUAUUUAAAUAUCACAGUUUAAAGCAAACACGCGUGAGUUAAGGAUGCGAGACGCCGAUAUCGUGUCCGGGAACAUCGCAUCUACCGAGAGAGAUGGAGGAGAGAUCUUAGAAGGAUCUCAUGUGUUUGUGGAUGAUUCAUGCUCAGGUUUGCUGUAUUCUGGGUUGGAGAAUCGCACUGUGUGGAACACUGAACAACACUGCAGUCUGAAUGACAGCGAAUCUGAGGAGGUUUUGAAUGCCAUAAAUCCAAAUGAUGUUUACCCAUCAGCACCUGUGCAGGAGUCUUUAUCAGAGAGCAACAUCAGUCUGUCUGAAGAUCUGUGUUCCCAUGAAGAUGCGUCUGCAGUUUAUCAGGUGGUUUAUGACAUCAGCAGUCUGGGUGCCGUUAUCACCGAGCCGCGCAUGGACGUGAUCUCCAUAGAGCUGGACGAGUGGAGCUCUCAGAUGUUGUUGUCAGAUUCGUGCGUGGUCAAUGAGCUGGUGUCACCUGUCAAAACAGAGGAUGAUGACGCACAACAAACCCACAACUCGUACAGCUCUUUGGUUUAUCCUGAACUUCAGCUGACAGACGAGGAACAGACGCUUCUGAAUCAGGAGGGAAUCUCACUGCCCAAUAAUCUGCCGCUAACUAAGGCCGAAGAGAGAAUUCUGAAGAAAGUAAGAAGAAAAAUUCGUAACAAACUGUCUGCUCAGGACAGUCGGAGGAGGAGGAAAGAGUAUAUAGACGGUCUGGAGAGCAGGGUGGCUGCGUGUUCAGUUCAAAACACUGAGUUACAGAGAACCGUAGAGCAGCUGGAGAAACACAACAUGUCUCUGGUCGCUCAGCUGAAUAAACUCCAGGCUUUGAUUAAGCGAACGGCCACAAAAGCUGCGCAGACGAGCACGUGCAUCAUGAUCAUCAUCUUUUCUUUGGGUCUGAUCAUAUUCCCAAGCUAUAGUCCGUUCAGAUGGCGAUCGGCAGAGGACAGCUACACUCCAUCCGCCGUGAUGUCCAGAAAUAUCCUGAAUGAUGUCGCUUCUCUCCCACUGGCGGAGGACGUGGGGGGAGAUGAGCCGAUGAUUUCCGACCCGCUCUCAUUGGACGGAGAUCAUAGACAAUCAGACACGAUGGACAAUCUGAUAUCAAAAACUCUGCAGGUGACAGAAGAUGGAUCAGUACCACAGGGGUCAAUGCCAGAGAAUGAGACCGCUGUGAUUAAAGAAAACAAAGAAAAGGUUCCUGCCGUCAGUUUCAUUGCUCCCGUAAGUGCAGGAAAUGCAGCGUCAGACGCAGGCAAACCUCCGCACGCAGAUGAAAUGUGAAGAAUCCUUCAGGUAAAGGGCAGUUUGCUGUUUAAUGCCGCCACACAACCUGUUUACCCGGCGAGAGUCCUGACUCUGGGUGUGGCCGCUUCUUUUGUACUGACGCAGGUUUGAAAGAAAGCCAACAUGUAAAUAAAAGGCCGUCAGUCAGGUGGACGUUUUUUUUUUAUUAUUAUUCUUACUGAUGUUGAAAUUCUGAAGACAGUUAAAGGUGUGUUUCCCAUAAACUACUGCCUACUGUUACCGUGUUUAUUUAGUUGUCUUUGUUUUCAUCAUUGCAUCAUGAUAAUGUGAUCUGUUUAUUAUCAUUAUGUGCUUCAGUUCAGCUGAUGGGUGCACAGGCAAUCCUUCAUGUAAAUAAUUGAGUGAAUGGGACGGGUUAUAACACUUUAUAAUGGAGGAGAAGAUGCAAAGAUUUGGUAAAGGAGAAAUGACUUACCAAUGCACACACACACACACAGAGACAGACACACACAAACACAGACACACACACACACAUAGUGUUUCGUGCUGUGAGAAUCUGUAAAAGUUUUUAAAUGACACUUCAGCUGUUGUUUCUCCUGAUGACAUUAUUUUGUGUGUUGUCUGGCCUACAGUUCAUGCUAAUAAGAAUAAAUAUCAAUGUUUUAUUUAAUUUCAAUUAAAGCUUUUUAUUGUACAGUUUUGAUUUAAGAUUGUCUAAGGAUGAAGUCAAUAAUAAAAAGUCUUUGAUGAAUA